AUGGAUAAAAGUUAUGCCAUAACAAUAUUGCAUCCUUCUAAGAAUGUUGCUCCUAUUAGUCUUCCAACCCUCGGUCGAUCAUAUACAAGAUUAUCUGAGGUCGGGUACCAGGUCACUCUUUCUGCUGACCCUAUAACAAGACCAAAUGAUUAUAUGGUUGCGGCAAUUCACACUAGCAUUCAUGGACGUUUCGCUUUUAUAAAAGCGGGUGAACCAUGCUGGACUUAUGUAUGUAGCUCGAGCUGGCUUCAUUCCUUUAUGGAUGUUAUGUUCUAUAGAGGUUUAGUUUAUGUUGGGAGUAAAUAUCAGGGUAUAGUAUCUUUUAAUCUUGGUCAUAAAAGGAUAACUCCAAAUCCAAUUCAGGACAUAGCUUUUCAUGGAAGGUUUAAAGGUUAUCUUGUGAAAUCAUUAGAGGGAGACUUGUGGAUGGUGAAAAGAUUUUUUACUUUUAAGAAUGAUUUCCAAGUGUAUAAGUUGGAAUUCGAUGCUCAGACCAGAAAGUUUAAACAAAUAAAAAAGCUUGAGAGUCUUGGAGACAAUGUUUUAUUCUUGGGAGACACUGAUUCAAUUUCUGUAUCAGCUUCAUACUUCUCCGGUUGUCUGAAAAAAGAUUCAAUUUAUUACACAGAAAGUAUUAAUGCAAACAAGUUAGAUUGUGUAACUUGUGGUCCAUUUCAUAUAGGGAUAUAUGAAAACAAUCAUUAA